AUGUCCCGCACCCGUACAUCGCGCCAUCAAUCCCCUUCCAUCGCCUCUGAGGCAUGGAAAGUCGACACACCUUUCGGACCCCCGGAAUUCCCACGCUCAUUUCCCAACGGGGGAAUCCGACGUCUACGAAACACAUUAUCAAAACUUUCCCCGUCAGCAAUGGCCGAAAAAGAAAUCCUGCGAAAAAAGAAUCAGUAUAAAAUCCCCCUGACGCACAGGAAUGUGGACACCUUCGUGACUGAACAACAAUGCAACGAUAUAACCCGACCCAAUCAACGCUCUCCAGAGAUUCAGGUGGUCGAAUGGCUUGAACAUGUUUCUUCAUCGAGCGACGUGCAUGUAUCCACCUUCCGCGCUUGA